UCUGUGCUGACUCUCAUGAGUGUGCAGACACACACACAGUCUGGAGCAGACGGAGGACACACGGACACACAGACCGACAGACAGACAGACGGUCGGCCGGUCUCACCGUCACAGGCAGCGGAUCACAGCCGAGCGGAGAGAGCCGAGUCCCGAUUCAGUGACCAUGUCGGUCGGCCCGGCCCCCAGCAGCGCAGACGCCUGCCUCAGCAUCGUCCACAGCCUGAUGUGCCACCAACAGGGAGCCGAGAACGAGGGCUUCGCCAAGCGGGCCAUCGAGAGUCUGGUGAAGAAGCUGAAGGAGAAGAAGGAUGAGCUGGACUCGCUCAUCACAGCCGUCACCACCAACGGCGUCCAUCCCAGCAAGUGUGUCACCAUCCAGAGGACGCUGGAUGGACGGCUGCAGGUGGCGGGGAGGAAAGGUUUCCCUCACGUGAUCUACGCCCGUCUGUGGCGUUGGCCCGACCUCCAUAAGAACGAGCUGAAACAUGUGAAGUUCUGUCAGUAUGCCUUCGACCUGAAGUACGACAGCGUGUGUGUGAACCCCUACCACUAUGAGAGGGUGGCGUCCCCCGCCACCACAGGUCCUCAGUCUCUGAUAAAGGAGGAGUUCAUGCAGGACUGUCUUCAGAUCGACCUGCCCCCCCACACUGACCCCUACAGCCAGCCCCGCCCUGUCAGCAUGUAUCCCAGCAUGCCCCUCUCCCCUCCAGGCAGCAGCUCCAUGACGGCUGCAGCUCUGUCAGCUGUCGGCUGUGGGAGGAGCGGAGGGGGAGUCGGGGCUGUGUGCAGCGAGGGCCCCGGCCUCCUUCAGAUCGCCCCACCUCCGAACCACGGGGGCCACGCCUCCCCCCCUCACCCAAACCCUCCUCACACCCCUCAGCCUUCUCACCCUCCUCACCCUUCUCACCCUCCUCACCCCCCUCACCCUUCUCACCCCUCCACCCCCACCUCUCCACAACAGCCCGACUACAGCAGCCCCCCCAAAACUGCCACCUGGCCAGGUAACAGCCCCGCCCCCUACAGCCCUGCAGGACCACCACAGAGUGGGCGGGGCCACCAGCAGCCUCCAUUACAUCAUCACCACGCCCCCAACACUCACUUCUGGUCACAGCAUCACAGCACUGCUCCGUAUCCACAGCCAGUGUCCAACCACCCAGGUCCGGAGUUCUGGUGCUCCAUCUCGUACUUUGAGUUGGACGUCCAGGUCGGGGAGAUGUUUAAGGUCCAAUCCAGCUGUCCUCUGGUGACAGUGGACGGUUAUGUGGAUCCUUCAGGAGGAGACCGUUUCUGUUUGGGACAGCUGAGUAACGUCCACCGCACCGCCUCCAGCCACCGAGCCAGGCUCCACAUCGGUCGGGGGGUUCAGCUGGAGUGUCGGGGGGAGGGAGACAUCUGGAUGCGUUGCCUAAGUGACCACUCGGUGUUCGUCCAGAGUUUGUACUUGGACCGUGAGGCGGGCCGAGCGCCGGGAGAUGGAGUCCACAAGAUCUACCCUGGAGCUUACAUCAAGGUGUUCGACCUGAGGCAGUGCCACAGACAGAUGCAGCAGCAGGCGGCAGCAGCUCAGGCAGCAGUAGCGACUCAGGCAGCAGCGGUUGCUGGUGCGAUACCUGGUCCAAACAAUGUGGGGGGGAUCGCCCCCGCUGUCAGUGUGUGCUCGGCAGCAGCAGGUCUGGGCGUGGAUGACCUGCGCAGGUUGUGUAUCGUUCGUCUGAGCUUCGUUAAAGGUUGGGGGUGCGAUUACCCGCGUCAGAGCAUCAAGGACACCCCCUGCUGGCUGGAGGUGCACCUGCACCGAGCGCUGCAGCUGCUCGACCAGGUGGUGGAGCUGGUGGUGGAUAACUGUCGCUCCAGUGACGGAGAGGUUGAAGGUUUGACAGACGAGUACACGGAGCUGGAGAUCCUCAGCAUGGUGAACGUCGGCAUCUCUUCGCUCUCCAAACUGCCAUCACUGCCCAAACUACGCAAGCUGGAGGUGAGCGAUAACACCAUCUCAGGAGGUCUGGACACACUGGCAGAGAAAUGUCCCAAUCUGACAUAUCUGAACCUGAGUGGGAACAAGAUUAAAGAGCUGAGCACCAUCGAGACACUGCAGAAUCUAAAGAACCUUAAGAGUCUGGAUCUGUACAGCUGUGAAGUGUCCACGCUGGAUGACUACAGAGAUAGCGUCUUCGAGCUGCUGCCUCAGCUCACCUAUCUGGACGGAUAUGACCAGGAGGACAACGAGGUGCCCGACUCAGAGGCCGAAAAUGACGACGACGACGAUGAAGCCGGUCCACCUGGAGGCGAUGACGAUGAUGAGGAUGAAGAUGACGAGGAAGGCUCAGAGGGAGACGACGAAGAGGAGGAGGUGGGCCUGUCGUACCUGAUGAAAGAGGGAAUCCAGGAUGAGGAAGAUGAUGGAGACUAUGUUGAAGAAGAGGAGGACGAAGACGAGGAAGAGGAAGAUGGAGAUGUGGACGGUGUUCAGGGGGAGAAGAGGAAGAGAGAUCCAGAGGAUGAAGGUGACGACGAUGAUGAUGAAUAGUCGACUCACCUUCGCUCCCCCCCCUCGUCCUCCCUCCUCCUCCUCCUCCUCCUCCAGUGACCUCUGACCCUGCCAGGUGUCGCCUCAGAGCCGCAGACAGACGGGAAACAGGUUGAGGAUCAGUUCUCAUUAUACAGCGCUGUCAUGUGACUGAUGAUGUCACCUUUCACCCGGUAACCUGAUCAGAUCACAGAUCAAUACUGAUGAACAGGAAACUGGACCACAGUUAACCCAUUCAUGUUUUCUCUUUGUCUUUUAUUUACAACCACUCUGACUAAUAGGUUUUCAUGGUGGAAGUAACUCAGUACUUUUACUGCUACUACUUAUAAAACUUUUCAUCAACUUUGUCAUCGUAACUCUCGUGGCCACAAAGAUCCAGAUUGUUUCAGUUAGUAGGAUGUCAAUUUGUAAAACACAAAAAUACAGUGACGGGCAGUUUGAUGUUUUCACGUGACAGUGUGAAAACACGUUGCUAACAGAUUUGCUGUUAGAUAUGCUGAUACUAACAUGUUUGUGUCUGAUCUGAGAUCAGUUUCUCACAAACACAAGUCGUUAGUUCAUCUGUCAGGUCAGCUGUGAUUGGCUGCAGCCACAGAGAGCACCUUGGGUCAAAGGUCGACCUAUUUUAAAUUUUAUAAACUUUCUGUUUUGUAAAGACUCGAUUUCGUAAAAACUUUACACAUCAUGCAAAAAAACCUGUAAUUAAUCCAUUAAAUUGUAUUUAAUCACACAGCCUGAAAUCAAUAUGAGGUCACGACAUCACACACGCACGCACACACACACACACACACACCAGAGUAUAAAUACACAACAACAUACUGCUCACGUUACGGCAUAAGAAAUAUUAUAACAUGAAUAAUGAUAAUAAUUAACUGUGGUGUUUGUACUUUUACUUCAGUAAAUAUUCAGAGUACGUCUCUGGAUCUGUUUGAUCCUUUAGUUUUAUUGAUCUGAUCAGGAGUUCACACACAUAGCUUGACUUUCUGUUUACAUCUGUGGUGAUGACGGCAGAUGAUCAUCAAUAAUUAAUAAUCACACAGUUUGAUUUGGUUUAUCCUGAACCAGACCCAGUCUGAUCUAAAGACUACAGUACCCAUGAUCCUCGGCUCUCUGAUUGGAUGAUUGAGACAGCAGUGCACUCUGGGAUGUUUCUGUCUUUAUUUUAAUAUGACUGUUACUGCAUUAACCCCUGACCCCGCCCCCUCACCUGUCACCUCUCCGUCUGCCGCUCUCUGCUCCUCCUGGACUCUGUGGGUCUUGACUCUGGUCUCUGUCGGUCCAGAAUGAGGACCUCUGUGGGGCCAGGCUCUGGACUCUACGUGUCCUGACUUUGGAUUCUGUAGGUCCAGACCCUUGACUCUGUGGGUUCAAAGUCUGGACUCUGUGGGCUCAGACUCUGGUCUCUCUGGGUUUUGGACUUUGGUCUCUUUGGGUCCAGGCUCUGGUCUCUGUGGGUCCAGACUGUGGUCCCAGCAGAUGGGUCCAAGCUCUGUUCUCUUAGGGUCCAGACUUUGGUCUCCACAGGUGGGUCCAGUCUCUGGUCUCUGUGGGUCCAGGUCUUUGUGUAAAUAGAAGUGAAGUGGUCUCUGUAGGUUUUUUGUCGUCCAGUUUGAAUCAUUUUAUUUUUUUAUUCCCGUUUUCUUCUGUGUCGCUGUAAUCACCAGAGUUUUUCAAUAAAAAACAGAACGGA